UUAGCCUCUUGGAGUGGGUGGUGUCAGUGAUCUGAAAUUUACUACAAGGGUCUGUAAUUGAUUUUGUUUUAGUGCAGACGAAUUUUAUCUUAAAACGGUUCAAAAUCCUCCGAGUAUCGCCCUCAAAAUGCAAGGUUCUUCGGGGAAGGACCAAACACAUUACUAUGAAGAUCAUUACCAAGCAGACAUGAUGGCCUCCAGCGAACCCACCUAUCCGGCAGCGGUCCUUGCCUCACGGAAUCGCUUCUGCCGGUUGUGCCUGAAGCGAUCGGAAAGCUUCCUGCUCCCGUUGGUGGCCAAGAUGGAACACGUCACCGUGAUGGAAAUGCUGCUGAUGGUGACGGGAGUGGAACUGGCAGCUAAUGCCCUCUUUCCCACCAAGAUCUGCUCCAACUGUAUGACCAAGCUGGAUUUUGCCUACAAUGUGCGGCAGGAGUUUUUGAACUCCACGGAGCUGCUGUUGAAAAUGGCCGUGGAGGAGAAGUUGGUCGAAUACUAUGCCCAGUUCGAUCCGGUGGUCGGCAGCUAUACGGAUGAAGUACUGAAGCAGAGCCGGAAUGUGCUGGAAAGUAGUACUACGACAACGAUGAAAGAUCAGGAAGUGGAUCAGAUGGUGGUCAAGGUCGUCAAUGAUACGGGUGGCAUAAGGAUGGAAGUUUUGUCCGAAGAGGUGGUGGAAGAAGGAAGCGAAGACCAGAAGAUAGACGUGCUGGAGUUUGAAGAGUAUGAAUGUCUCGAUGAGGAGUUAGACGGAUCUACUAUGCCAGAGGAAUUAGCGACGGAAUGUAUUAGUACGGUCAAUAUAAAAAGUGAAGAAUUAGACGACGCACAGGAUCCUAAAAAUCCGACCGUGGCACAGUCAAGCAAUCAAACGAUAAAAGUUAAAAAUGAGAAAUUCGUCUAUUCAUGGAAAGAGUUAGCCAAACCAAAGCAGCGUAAGAAAAAAGUACGUCCUGAGAAUCCGCUCAACGGUAUCGAUAGGAAAGCGACUGCCAACGCUGAGAUGUUGGCGCAAUUCCCUCAAACAACCUGCUACAUCUGUGAUACGGCGCAUUCCAGCUUGGAGGAGCGAGACGAACAUCUGAACGUUCACAUCGGAAUGGUGCCUCAUCGGUGCGAGACCUGUAGCACCGAAGAGGAGCCAGUCGUGUCCAAGAGUGUGAUUACGCUGAACCGACACCGGUUGAUGCAUCGCCUACCGUACAAGUGCCCAAAAUGUUUCCGACGGUUCAUUUCCAGCGGUAGUCAAUACACGCAUAUUUGGAGCAUGCACAUGACCGGCUCGGAAGGACUGACUUGCGAUUACUGUGGCAAGACGUUCAACCAGAAGCGUUCGUAUCAGGCCCACGUGCGACGCCACCGGUACAAAGCCAACGGGAAGUAUCGGUGUGACGUUUGCGGUGACACUUGCGGAUCGAGUUUACUGCUGACACGCCACAAACGGAAGCACACCGGCGAGAGGAACUUCUCCUGCCCGUAUUGUUCGAAGCGAUUCAGCAGGGCUUGCAACCUCUUGACCCACAAGCGAAUCCACACGAACGAACGCUGCCACCUCUGUGACGAUUGUGGGCACGCCUUCCGGGAUAGUGUAACGUUGCGGAAGCACCAGGAGCGAUUCCACAUGGCGCGAGAGCCCUCGGCGUUGAAACGGAAUCCAUUCAUCAUAACGCCGGAUGGGCGUAAGAUGUUCCAGUGCAAGAAGGAGGGAUGCAGCUACGAGACGUUCAGCAGUACGUCGAUAUCACGCCACAAAGCGCGCCAUUCGAAGCGAUACGUGUGUGCCGAUUGUGGCAAGCGGUUUGCCGAACCGAAUCUAGUGCGAAGGCAUCAAGCCGCGAUGCAUAAUGCGGAUAAAAAGAAACGAGGCAAAAAUGAUGGGAACGAAUCCUUGCAGAUUGAAGGAAAUCAGGAAGGAGUAAAAUGCACCGAAGUAGAUGACGUGCCGACAAAGCAGAAUGAGCCUGGUCAGGAAGUUUAAGUAGCGCUUUGCAAAUAGGGUACUUACAGUAGACGUUCGAUAACUGCAACAUGUUUACGUUUCACUUAGCGAACGAAAAUUCGAUAACUGCAACGCCUGACAGUGUCAACAAACCAUCAACUGACGUAAAAUGAACGUGAACUUCAUCCGACUGUUCAUUUGGGCUAACAUGGCGCACCAUUUUGACGGAUGGCGGUGCGAUAACUGCAAAAUUGUUGCACUUAUCGGACUUGCAGUUAAAAAGCAUUGCAGUUAAACCGUUUGCACCGACCGAACGUCUACUGUAUAUCUAAGAAUAUGAAAAUUAAAAUCCUAUUCAAAUUAAAAAAAACCUA